GUACUCAUUGGCAUCAGCUUUGCCAUGGCCGCACCCGUUGAAGAGUCUUCGGUGAAGGAGAAGCGCGGUCUCGCACUGGGUCUAGGCUAUCAUGCUCCAUUGCUCACGCACUCCACCACCCACCUAGUGGCACCAACUCUGAUUCACCCAGCACCCGUAUUGCAUGCUCCCAUCGUUCAUGCUCCAAUCAUCACUCAACACGCUCCAAUUAUAACUUCGCAUGCAAUCUCACAUUCGAUUUUGCCCUCCUAUCAGCUGCCAGCUUAUUCCACGCUGCACCAUUACAAGUAAAUAGGCCAACAGCAUGAAAUGAAACCCCUUGUGGGAUUCAAUUCUCAAUCGUCAAUCGGUAAAUGGUAGAACAAUUGCUACAUAACAGCAGCAGCAACAACAGCAGCAACAAUAAUAAUAACAAGAGAAACAGAAACAGAAAAAAUAAAAACAACCGAAGACAGCCACAAGUAAACAUCAAUGGGGUGCAAAACAAAAUGUAAGCACUUCUCAACAAGUGAAAAUAUUAAAAAAUUGCGCGAAAAAUUGUCUGCGACAUUGAUCGUAGUUAUGGAAAAUAAUCCUAGCAAAACAAAGCCAGCAAAAACAAAGCAGCAUCAAUGAAAAGGUUGAAAAAUAACACCAAUGUGCGUUUGCAUCAACAAAACUUGUCUAUGGAUUCUUUCAUUCGAAAGCUCAAUGUGUUUAGGUUUCCUGAUUCAAUCAUAUUUUAUGCUUAAAUAUUUAUCAGAAUAAGGGUUAAUAGGUCAAGAAAUAUAUAUUCGUAAAUAUAAUAUAAAGGCAAUAAUAGCUGCAACAACAACAAUGCUUUGAGGCUUUCUAUUUAGCUGGCUUUCCACGCAUAACUUCGUCCUCUAAUAUUCUUCAAUUUUCUGUGUGUGUGUUUUUUUUUGUUCGAUGAUUUUCUUGGGAAAAUCCUUUUGGGAUUUGGCGGGUUUCCUGUUACA